AGUUCUCGUUACCGUGGAUAUGAUCUUCUACGGAUUCAAAAGGCAUGUACUCAUAGACGAGGAGUCUUUGGUCUCCUUCAGCGCAGUAACCAAACAAAGUCACGAGGUGUUCGUGGCGCAAGAAGGAGAGCAUUAGGACUUCCACGAGAAACUCUUUGUCUCCUUGAUGACCAGUUGUAUCAAGCAUCUUAACAGCCAAAUUCUUUAACUUGACCAAAUAAAAACAAACAAGAUUCGGUUUAUCAGACAUUAAAAUAAUUUUUUUUAAAAUAAUCACAAGUCUAGAUGAUACUGAGAGUAACCUGUCAUGGAGGAAUAUCGAACCUCUCAACCUUGUCGUCGUUGAGAUUCAUCAGAGAUGGAGAUCGACAUAAGAAUUGACAGAGAAUCAACAGAGAAGAUGGAGAGAUAGAAGAAUCGACAGAGGUGAUGGAGAGAUCGAAGAAUCACAGAGAAUCGCCAGAGAAGAUGGAGAGAUCGGUGGAAGAAGAGAGAAAACGGGAUUUCGCAUCAAACUCCGACGGAGGAGAGAGAUACAGAGGACGUCAAAUUAGAAGGGGACACGUAAGGUUCCUUACCGAUCCUUAAAGUCCCAAUUUAAAGAGCGGUUCUCUGGUUUAUUUUCUUUUUUCAUUUAUUUUUUUUCCACUUUUUUGUUCAGAACCUCGAUUAAGAAGCUCCGAUGGAGCUGGUCUUAGACCUUUAAUCUCUGUUCCCAAUAGUGGUAUUUAAUGAGAGCAAUUUAAGAGAGGAAUAGACUUUUAAAAAGUCACAAAGUUCGUGAGCGUUAAGUUAGAGAGCGCAUGCAAAAGAAGAAAAAGUUCUAAAAGAAAAUUAUUUUUGUUCUCUCUCAUUUGAUUUAUAUACCUUUCUUCAUCUACUUGUCAAUAUCACUGACUCUUCCUCCACUUUUUCUACAAGCCCCAAAUCUUUAUAGUAAAUAAAUCAAAUUCUCAAUUUUAUUUCUGUAACUUUCGUGUGUGUUUUAAUUCAUUUUUUUUCCUCUCUCUCUCUGAAGAUCAUGAAGAACAGCGAAGAACAAAUGAGGUCACUGUUUGGAAUAAGUCUUUCUGAUAAACCAAGAUGGCAACAGUUUCUCAUAUGUUCCUCUGGAUUCUUCUUCGGUUACCUUGUUAAUGGCGUCUGUGAGGAAUAUGUGUACAACCGGCUCAAAUUCAGUUAUGGAUGGUAUUUCACGUUUGUGCAAGGACUCGUGUACAUUGUAAUGAUUUACCUAAAUGGCUUCACGACAAAGCAAAUGGUGAAUCCAUGGAAGACUUACGUGAAGCUAUCUGCUGUCCUUAUGGGAUCUCAUGGUCUCACCAAAGGCUCAUUGGCUUAUCUCAAUUACCCUGCUCAAAUCAUGUUCAAAUCGACUAAGGUUCUGCCGGUUAUGGUAAUGGGUGCAUUUAUACCGGGGUUAAGAAGAAAAUACCCGGUCCAUGAGUACAUAUCAGCUAUGCUACUUGUGAUCGGUUUAAUCUUAUUCACAUUAGCCGAUGCCCAUACCUCCCCUAACUUCAGCAUCAUUGGGGUUAUGAUGAUCUCAGGCGCUCUCGUUAUGGAUGCCUUUCUUGGUAACUUGCAAGAAGCCAUCUUCACGUUGAAUCCUGACACAACACAAAUGGAGAUGCUGUUCUGCUCGACAGUAGUUGGUUUACCGUUCUUGGUUGCACCAAUGAUUCUUACCGGUGAGCUUUUCAGAGCCUGGACUUCAUGUGCUCAACAUCCGUAUGUGUAUGGAGUGUUGGUGUUCGAAGCCAUGGCUACAUUUGUGGGACAAGUCUCGGUUCUAUCCCUCAUUGCGCUCUUUGGCGCAGCCACAACCGCUAUGAUAACGACGGCGAGAAAAGCGGUAACGUUGCUACUAUCUUACUUGAUAUUCACAAAGCCUUUAACGGAGCAGCACGGUACGGGAUUGUUACUCAUCUCUAUGGGCAUUAUUCUCAAGAUGGUUCCGGAUCCCAAUCCAAACCAGAAACCGAAACAUUCGAGUUCGGGUCAAAAACUCCGGAAGUUGGAGCUGGUGAAGUCUGAGAAGGAAGGCGACGAAGAGAGCAGGCCUUUGGUCUAA